AUGGCGCAGAGGGCGCUGGAGCUGACCCUGAUAUCGGGCAAGGACCUCAAGGACGUGAACCUCUUCUCGGCCAUGGAGGUGUACGCGGUCGUAUCCCUCUCCGGCGACCCGCGCUCCCGCCAGCGCGUCGCCACCGACCGCGCCGGCGGCCGCAACCCGACCUGGAACGCGACUGUCCGCUUCACCGUCCCCGCCAACGCCGCGGGCUCCGUCCACGUGCUGCUCCGCGCCGAGCGCGCCCUCGGCGACCGCGACGUCGGCGAGGUCCACAUCCCGCUCUCCGAGCUGCUCUCCGGCGCCCCUGAUGGCCCCGUGCCCGUCAAGUUCGUCGCCUACCAGGUCCGCAAGAUCGGGUCCGGGAAGCCACAGGGGGUGCUCAACUUCUCGUACAAGCUCGGCGAGGUCACCCAGGGCCAGGCCGGUGGCGCCUACGGUGGUGCGCAGGCCGCGUACGCGCAGCCUCCCCCCGCCGCCGCGUACCCGCCGCAGGGCGCGUAUCCUCCGGCCGGCAAGGCCGACGCCUACGGGGCUCCGUCCGCCUACCCACCGCCUGGUAACGCGUACCCGCCGCAGUCAGCGUACCCGCAGAUGGCGAAGGCCGACGGGGCAGCAACCGCUGGUGCCUACCCGCCUCCCUCCGGCUACCCACCCGCUGGCAAGACAGGCGAGCCAUCCACCGCCUACCCAGCGGCCGCCGCGGGACCCAGCACCGGCGCUCCAUACGGCGCCCCGCCCCCACAGUACGGCUAUGGGUACCCACCGCAGCAGCCGGCCGGGUACGGCUACCCUCCCCCGCCGCCGCAAGGAGGGUACAGCGGCUACGGCUACCCGCCACAGCAGCCGGCCGGGUACGGGUACCAGCAGCAGGCCGUGAAGCCGCCGAAGAAGAGCGGCAUGGGGAUGGGCCUCGGCGCGGGGCUCCUCGGAGGCGCGCUCGGCGGGCUCCUCAUCGGCGACAUGAUCUCCGACUCCGCCGGAGGGUAUGACGCCGGCUAUGACGCUGGGUUCGACGACGGCGGUGGCUUCGAUUUCUAG